CGAGGACUGCGAGGUGCGAAUAGACUUGCUUGUGGUUGUUGUGGUUGAGGGAGAACAGGAGGACUUGUAAACUGGAUUUAUUUUGCCGUAUGUUUUAGUUUAUUCGCUAAACUGUGUUAGUGAGGUCCAGGAGUGUUCCCCAAACGACUGCCCUUCUUUCCUCGCGCUCCAGACGGGACUUCUGCGACGAAGCGUUUCACUGGACGCCUUUGUUUACAUGUAACGUCUCGAUGUACAAGACGUGAGCUGUUGUUUGCCAGAGCUGCAGUUGCCAACGCAUUGGAGGACACUGACAGGAUGUGUUCAAAGAGCUGAACCAUCUCGCUUCCUCCUGAUGAAGUCGCCAACCCCAAUGCCAGUUUCGCCCUCGUCCUCCUCCGCUGCAGUCAAUAUGCAGGCCAUGGGCACCCGGAGGUCCUCUACACAGAGCAUUAACGUUGUCAUCGAGAAGCUGAAGAGGGAGCCGAAUAAUGAAAUCCUCUCUGACCCUGAUAAUCCUGACAGUGACAGCGACUGUGACGUUGCUCCUCCUGUGUCACCCUUAUCUAGUCCCACAAACGUCAGCAAGGAUAUUUUGACACAGGAUGAAAAAUCCACUGAAUUUUUGCGUCUCUGUGCUCUAGCAGAGAGUCUAGUUUCACAAUGUGGGUCCAGGCAGUUCCUUCAACGGUGCAAGAUUAUGGAAGAUAUAAUAAGUAAUUGGCAGAAGAAUGUAGAAGUUGUAGUUGUCCCUCACUCUAAAGAUGGAGAAUGUGUUUCUACUGACAUCAACAAAGAUGUUCUCUCUAUUUGCCUUGAUGGUCCUCUUGUCCAGGAAGGUUCCAAACAAGAUGCCAAUAAUGACUCUGAUAAUCAAAAGAACUCCAUUGAUUUAACAACAAGUGAUGAUGAUUUGUAUUUGCCAUCUCAUGAGGAUGAUUCUUCAAAUUCUGAGAGUUCUUCACUUGACCCUGAUGAUUUCUGGGAUGAAAAUGACAAACAGGAACCGUCAAAAACAGAAACUAACAAUGACAAGUCGGUUUUAUGCCACAUCUGCAGCAAGAUGUUUGUUAACCGACAAAGACUGAAAAGGCACCUAAGAACUCAUACAGGAGAGAAGUCUUAUGAGUGCCAAGUUUGCAAUAGGAAAUAUAGGCAAAGUGGUUCUCUUAGUGCUCAUAUGAGAACCCAUACGGGAGACAGGCCCUAUGAAUGCACGAUAUGUGACAAAAGGUUUACUAGAGGCACUGAUCUACGUGCUCAUCUUCGGUUCCAUUCAGGUGAAAAGCCUUAUGAAUGCACUAUUUGCUUGCAGAAAUUCAAACAUAAAAAUGAUCUCAAAAAACAUACAAGAAUUCAUACCGGAGAAAAACCUUAUGAGUGCACGUUAUGUGAUAUGAGUUUUAUUCAAAAACAUAAUCUUGAAGGUCAUGUUAGAAGUCGGCACACAGGAGAAAAACCCUUUGAAUGUGCACAAUGUGGUAAGAAGUACUGUCGAAAGGAUCAGGUUAGAAUUCAUCUUAAAAAUUGUGGGACAGGGGAAAAGAAAGAUGGGAAAAAAAGGGUAAGAGGACCUGGAACUGGGCGCCCUCAGGUGUGCUACAUUUGCAAUUUGAAGUUCAGUAGCAACUACAGUCUCGAGAAACAUUUUGCAGUAUCCCACACUGGUGAAAAGCCAUACCAGUGCUCAGUUUGCCUAAAGAAAAUUGCUUGUCCUUCUGGUUUCCGAAUCCAUCUCAGAACCCAUACUGGGGAGAGAAGUUUUGAAUGCUCAGUUUGUGAUAAAAAGUUCACCACCAACGUUAAUCUCAAGACUCAUCUUCGAACUCAUACAGGAGAAAAGCCCUUCGAGUGCCCAGUUUGCAACAAGAGGUUUAACCAAUCAUGUGAACUAAAAGCUCAUGCCAGAGUUCAUACCGGAGAGAAGCCUUUUGAGUGCGAAGUUUGUGGUAAGAAGUUUGCUCAAGGAAGUACACUAAGAAAACAUCUUCAAACUCAUGAAGCGAAGUAGGCCGUUGUAUUUACAGUUUUCAGUGUGUUGUCUAGUGAAAUUAUUAUAUCAGCAUCACAAUGUCGGAACACAUUGUAAGACAGUAUUCAGGAUUUUCCAUGGUCAUUAAGGGGAGACCCCACUGAAAUAUCAUUAUAGUUUUACCACUUUUGUCUAUUUAUAGUUUUUGCAUUCUCAAUCCCUAUACCCAUCCCUAAUACUUCUUUGCCACAUUUUGUCAUAAAAGACCUCCCCUAUCAGUAAUCACAUUCUAAGAGACCAUGCAUUGCAAAUGGCAGCUAAUUCAGCAAUUUUUUGUUAAACUUUUGCAAUACUUUGUGGUUGGUUCUUUCUUCCUAGUGACAAGAUAUUGAAUAAAGAAAUGUGCCCUUGGGUAUUCGGGGGUAAAAUUUUAUCCUUUAUCAAACUUACUUAGCACGGAAGUUGUAUUUCAAUUCCCUCUCACCGUAUUCAGAGCUUUUAAGUCAAAACUUGGCAAUAAUUAUCAAAAGUUUUUCAUUUUUCAGCUGAAAUUUCUAGUUAUUUUCAACGUUUGUUUCUAGUGACCUCUGUUAAAUAUGCUUUGAAAACCCUGAAGAAACGGUCUCCUGAAUGUUUUUUAUUAUAUCUUGUCACAAGGGGCUUUUGGUGCACACCUUCAUUCCCAUACGUUUUUCUGUGAUACCUGAGGAAAGUUUCUCUUAAUAAAUUCUCAAAUAUACGU